AUAAGAAUUGAAACAUUUCUGAAAGAAAAAUAUAUUGUUUUGUUGUUGAACUUUUCUCUAACAGAAAAGAUGGGUUUGAAUCCAUUUUCAAGUGGCAACAAGUAUGGAUUAUGUUAUGUAUUGGUUCGCAUUGUAUUGGGCAUCGUGAUCGGUGUAAUGUUAAUAUCAGUACUAUUAUCGGUCAUCAAUAAUGGCAUUUUCGCAUAUAGCCUUAACGGUUAUGUUUGGCUAGCCAUUUCCAUUGUUUCGCUUGGCAUCGGUUUUCUUGGCGUAUGGCGUGAACAUUUUUUUGCCAUAUUUUUACUAUGUGUCGGUUCGCUUACGAUGCUAUGGCUAUCCAAUUAUGAACGCAUUAAUGUCGGUAUCUGGUCGGGUAGUUAUGUCGGUUCAGAAAGUAUGAUAAUGACAAUGGUGGGCCUAUCGGCAGUGUUUGCAUUCAUGUUAUACACUUCUGGCCAUCAAGAAAUGGGCUUACCAGAUUUAUGAUUCAAUUUGAAUUUGCCUAUAUGCUACAUGCUAGCGGCCAUCAAGAG